UUCGCAUUGUUCAAAACACAGUCACACAGUUCCCAGUAUACUACAUCAUUCUGAGGAAGAAAGCGGUGGUGACAGACAAAAAAAAAAAAAAACCGAUCAAAAAGCCAUCUUUUUCCGGCAUUGAUAAAAAUUCCUACUUUUUUCCACCAUAAAUGACAACAGAGUUUACUGGCUUUGAUUGGAUUCGUUUAGUGGGUGGAGAAUUUGAUUUCUUGGCUUCCAAGGAGCCACCGUUCUUCGUAGACAUUCGUUCUUCGCCGUCGCCAGAGUCGGGCAAUUCUCCGGAGUUCUUGUUUCUUUCCGUUGCUAAAUUUCGCAUAAGAGAAAUCUUACAUGGCUGAAAUGGAUUCCCUCAACAUUACAAUGGAAAGCAAUAAAUUUGAUGGUUCACAAGAUUCAGUUUCAGCUCAAAAGUCUGUGAACUAUGAUCAGAAACCAAAGAAUCCUUUCUGCAGAUUGCUGCCUAAGACGAAGAACUUAGGUGGUUGGAGAUCAGCAUUCAUCUUGCUUGCAAAUCAAGGUCUUGCUACAUUUGCAUUCUUUGGUGUCAGUGUAAACCUUGUUCUGUUCCUAACCCGAGUUCUAGGCCAAGACAAUGCUUCUGCUGCAAAUAAUGUUAGCAAAUGGACUGGAACAGUUUACUUAUGUUCCUUGCUUGGAGCAUUCCUCAGCGAUUCGUAUUGGGGUCGAUAUCUUACCUGUGCAAUCUUUCAAUUGAUUCUUGUUCUGGGUUUGGUGAUUUUAUCAUUGACAUCCUGGUUACUUUUGAUCAAGCCAGCUGGAUGUGGUGAUGAAAAACAAAUCUGUCAUUCAACUUCUGCUUUGGGCAAUGGCUUCUUUUACUUGUCAAUAUAUCUAGUGGCAUUGGGAUAUGGCGGCCACCAGCCGACUCUUGCAACUUUUGGAUCAGAUCAGUUUGAUGAGAAGGACCCAAAAGAGCAAUCCUCCAAAGUUGCCUUCUUCUGUUAUUUCUACUUUGCUCUCAAUUUCGGUUCACUUUUCUCGAAUACCAUAUUGGUCUAUUAUGAGGACACUGGAGAUUGGACAUUGGGAUUCUGGGUUUCAGUUGGUUCUGCUGUCAUUGCAUUGAUAUCAUUUUUGUUAGGCUCACCUGGCUAUAGAUAUGUGAAGCCAUUCGGUAAUCCUUUACCGCGGGUCGCUCAAGUAUUUGUUGCUACCGCUCGGAAAUGGAACCUAAGACCGGUUAGUGUUGACAGUCUGUAUGAGGUACAAGGAUCAGAGUCUGUAAUCAGAGGAAGCAAAAAAAUUCUACACAGUGAUGAGUUUGUGCUAUUAGACAGGGCAGCUAUAGUGACAGAGAAAGAUAGGAUGGGACCAGCUAACCCAUGGAGGCUUUGCACUGUCACCCAAGUCGAAGAAGCGAAAUGUGUCAUAAGAAUGUUACCAAUUUGGCUUUGCACGAUUAUAUACUCAGUGGUUUUCACUCAAAUGGCUUCAUUGUUCGUCGAGCAAGGUGCAGUUAUGAACAAAAGACUUGGAAAGUUCCAGCUUCCAGCUGCCAGCAUGUCUGCUUUUGACAUUUGUAGUGUGCUAGUGUGCACUGGAAUUUAUAGACAAAUCUUAGUGCCUUUGGCUGGAAGAAUUAGUGGAAAUCCAAAAGGUGUAACUGAGCUCCAACGGAUGGGAACCGGGAUAAUCAUUGGAUUGUUAGCGAUGGUUGCAGCAGGGAUAACAGAGAUUCAUAGGCUCAAACGAGUCAUCCCCAAAGAACACUCUAGCUCCUUAAGCAUUUUUUGGCAAGUUCCUCAAUAUGUCCUUGUUGGAGCUUCAGAAGUAUUCAUGUACGUUGGUCAGUUGGAGUUCUUCAACAGCCAAGCUCCUGAUGGGAUCAAAAGCUUUGGCAGUUCUCUCUGUAUGGCUUCGAUCUCGCUUGGGAAUUUCGUCAGCAGCAUGCUUGUUAAUAUGGUAAUGCAGAUCACUGCAAAAGGUGGUAACCCUGGAUGGAUCCCUCAAGACUUGAAUAAUGGUCAUAUGGACAGGUUCUACUUCCUCGUCGCGACGCUUACGGCGAUUGAUUUCUUCAUUUAUCUCAUGUGUGCUAAGUGGUAUAAACCUGUUAAUCUUGCGGAAAGCAGAACAUUCAGAAACACCGAGGGGGAUCAACAGAAGCUCGAUGAAGGUGAAGAAGUAGGAGAAGGUGAUCUUGUGCUCAACAAAGUUUGAAAUGUGCAUUAGAUUAGCUUAGUAAUUGAUUUGAUGACUAUCAAAAAUUGUUGUGAUUACUGUUUUUGGAACUUCUUAUCUGUCUAGUUUUAAAUUCUUUAAAAUAAGAAAUACAAUUUUUUUA